GCCUUCGAGGGCGGUGACAACAACCAGCAAGACAGUGGCCUUGCUCAAGAUGCCGAGCGUGACCUUUCUCAACAGAGCGGCAAUUCAAGUGGAAACUCGGACAGCAACAACAGCAGCGGCGGUGGCUUCGAGAACACCCUCAAAACUGGCGGUGAAGAUGCCAUGCUCAACACCGAGGCCAACAAGUUUUUGACCAAGGAAGGUGUCCCUCAAGGUGCCGAUGGCGCCAUCGACGGCUUUGUCGACCAGGAGGCCAACAAGUUCAUGUAA